AGGUCGUAGACACGCCCACAUUUCCUUCCAGCAUGGUGGACUAUUUCUCAUCGUUCCGAAGUAAACCUAGCAAACGUUAUGUGCAUGUUUAAGCAUGCUUUCAUCGGACAUGUCCAGUUGGCUUUAGUAUUUGAAACGAGAAAAUAUAUGUCACAAGACAGAAUCGAUCCUUAAACCCAAUACGCGUUUGUUAGCUUGCCAUGCUAACAUUAGCUAUCUGACUGACGUUAACUUUACUUUGAGGAGGAUGAAGACGUCGAACGGAAACACCUCCGUCAUGGACAUGUUCGAAAAGGGAAAGGUCCUGAAAAUAUGUGCGCCAAUGGUUCGAUAUUCGAAGCUUGCAUUCAGGUCCUUGGUGAGGAAAUACAGCUGUGAUAUCUGCUUCACCCCCAUGAUAGUUGCUGCUGACUUCCUGCGAUCUGUCAAAGCCAGGGACAGUGAAUUCACUACCAAUGAGAGUGACCGACCCUUGAUAGUGCAGUUUGCUGCCCAUGAUGCUCAGAGUCUGGCUGAUGCAGCCUGUGUGGUAGCGCCUUUCUCAGAUGGAGUUGACCUCAACUGUGGAUGUCCCCAGAGAUGGGCUAUGUCUGCCGGGUAUGGCGCAUGCCUCAUCAAUAAGUCUGAACUUGUGAAAGACAUGGUCAGACAUGUCAGAAAUCAAGUGGAUAACCCCAACUAUACCGCAUCCAUCAAAAUUAGAAUUCACAAUGAUCUGAGGAAAACGGUGGAUCUGUGUCAGAAGGCUGAAUCAGCAGGUGUGUCAUGGAUAACGGUCCACGGCCGCACAGCAGAAGAACGGCACCAGCCCGUCCAUUAUGAGGCCAUCAAAACGAUCAAAGACAGUGUAUCCAUCCCUGUAAUCGCCAAUGGGGACAUAAAGUACCUCCGUGAUGUGGAAACCAUUCACCAGCUUACUGGUGUAGAUGGUGUGAUGGCUGCGCGGGGGUUGCUUUCAAACCCUGCCAUGUUCACCGGCUAUGAGGACACUCCUUUGGAGUGCGUAUGGGACUGGGUGGACAUCGCUAUUGAGCAGGGCACUCAAUUCACCUGCUUCCACCAACAUCUGAUCUACAUGCUGGAGAGGGUUAGCUCCCAGCCUGAGAGAAAAGUGUUUAAUUCUCUAUCCAGUACCUCAGCUGUAAUAGAUUACCUUGAGAACACAUAUGGGUCGGUCCGUGAUCUUGUAGCAUAAUGAUAUUGAAAUUUGAUAUUUUAACUUUUUUAUUUUUUUACUUCUCUUACUUCUUUUAGUGUCAAAUAAAACUGCAAAGCCACAGAGGCCUGUCUCCUUAAUUGGUGUAUUUUUGUGUGUAGCUUUUUAUAUAAAUAUAAUUAUAUAAAUUAUUGUUUUAAACUAAAGGUAAGCUAAGCAACUAAAUGUAAUAUACAUACGAAGACUUUAAUCCUCCCUGAAUAUUUAGCACAUUGAACAUGGACCAUAUAGCUGCACACCCUCAACGGUCACAGUUUUAUCACCAAGAUUAUUUUAUUUCAGAUUCUCAAAAUCUCACUUAUCUUGAAAUAAAUAUACAAGAUACUUACAACUAGUUUCAAGUCUUAUUGCAUUGAGUUAAGUUAAGUUAAUACAGAUCCUAAGGUGAUACUGGUGACUCUUUAAUAUUUAUACAAUAUUUAUCGGUAAUUCUGUGGUUGAGUUCACGUCAUUUAAAUACCUGCUAUGUUCUUAUAAUUAGUGUAAUUUUGCGUUUUAAAUGAUUUAAUUGAAUCAAUUAAAAAGAGGGAGGGAUUGAUGUAUUGUACAGAC